AUGAUCCUUAGCAAAGCCAGUGUGGAGUCUGUGUCACGCUGCAGUUCUGCAUCUCCUGCCGGGGAGCUGAUGGAGACCACACAGGGCCCAGGGCCGGAUGGUGAGGCGCCUGCGGCCCCAUUUGUCCCCACAGUAACUGCGAUCUCCACCAGUCCAGAUUUGCAGUGGAUGGUGCAGCCGACCAUCAUCACGUCUGUUUCCCCGUCUGCGACCAGACCUGAAACCGGAGAGACAGCAGCCAAGAGGAGCGGGGCCAAAGCGAAAAACAGCGCCAGGAAGGGAAAAGUCGAGCAGCUCACGCCAGAAGAGGAGGAGAAGAAGAGAAUAAGGAGAGAGAGAAAUAAAAUGGCUGCAGCAAAGUGCAGGAACAGACGGAGAGAGCUCACGGACACCUUGCAGGCUGAAACAGACAAGCUGGAAGAAGACAAAGCAGUUUUGCAGGCAGAAAUAGCCAAUCUUCUAAAAGAAAAAGAAAGACUUGAGUACGUUCUUGCUGCACACAAGCCUAUAUGCCAGCUGCCUGAAGAACUGGAAAGCAUUUUCCCAGAGUCGCCACAACCUCUCCCUUCUUCAGAGAUAUCUGGCCAACUUCCAGAGGAUGGUGCGCAGGACACCCCUUCUCUACAAGACUUGGAGACUCCUUCUGUUCCACCCACAGCUAUCUCAGGCAACUCUAACAUCCUGCUGUGCUCCAGCGCAGAGGUCAGUUUGUGCGACCUUGAGCCAUCACUGGAUGUCAAGGAGGAGCUGCUGGAAAAUAUCCUUGGCAGUGUGGAUGAGGACAGGAUCUCUGUGGAAAAAGCACGCUCAGUCCCUGACAUCGACCUCAACGGUUCCCUAGGCUUCACAGACUGGGAAACCCUGUACAAGUCUGUGGCCAAUGAUCUGGAGCCCUUAAGCACCCCUGUGGUGAGUGCCUCCACGCCUACGUGCAGCAACUACCUGUCCAUCUUUACUUUUGCCUGUCCCGAGCUGGACUGUCUGACUGAAGAACUGGAUGGCUGCAAAGGUGGGGUAUCCAAAUCUGACACCAGUGUGGAUCUUCUAAACUCCCCUACACUUCUGGCAUUAUAAACAUAUAUCCAACAGAAAGGAGGGUUUCGCAAUCUCAAUUACUAGAUAUCACUGUGUUGUGAUGUCUGAGAAGAGUGGUAUUGAUGUGAAGCUGGCAGCAUCCAUGAAAUGAAAUGUGUAAUGCCACCAAGAAAGUUCUAUAGUUUACCCUCUUCCAGAUACUCUUGAUGUAGCUAAGAGCAUGAAAAAAAAAAUCUAUGAAAUCCUAUCUUAUGGACAGUUAUGAACUAUGUUCUGAUUC